AAACGAUUGGUCCAUUCAUACUUCCAAGUUAGUCAUAAGUAGUUCGGUUCAGUCAUAAAAUUGCCAGAAGCACGCACUACGCACGAGAAGUGGGGAAAAUCGUCUCAUCUAUUUCCUCGGUUUGCUCAUAAAAAAUAGUACAAAUUGUUCAAUAGUUCGAUCGUCUCGUAAUUAAAUGGAGAAGUCAUCUCUUUGAAUUCUGUAAUCUCCAUUCAUAAAAUUCAGUUCUCAUUCGUAAACAUGUUAAAGCUUGUCAAAUUGCAGUUGAUUCGUAAAACCAUCAGAGCUCCAAAUGCACAAAUUGCUCAAGCCAUAUCAAAUUAUUAUUGUACCGAUGGCACUCAUGUGCAACCGCCGGUACUUUCCAAUCAGAAAGUUAAACAACUUCGCGACAAAAUGAUGGAAUUGAUGGGUAUAAGCAGAGGGUAUCAACCGUUGAGCUUUAACCAGAAUCGUAAUCAUUUAUUGCAAUAUUUACCCUCGUCUCAAAACGAAUUACCUACUCGAUGCAUGCAGGACAGCUUCGACGAUGCUCUAAUUCCAUUGAGUACCGAUUACGAUUUACAAGAUAAAUACGUAACGUAUUUGGGAUACAUAAGAUUAGGAAGAGUUAUGGAAGAUAUGGAUUUCUUCGCAGUUUGGUGUGCUAUGAAACACUUGAAAAAUCCGAAACAGCCCGUAGAUCAACCUACUCCUUACGUUAUCGUAACCGUUCUCGUGGACGAAGUACAAUUCACUCAAAUUAUACCAAAGCCCAACAAAGACAUCAGAAUUUCUGGCAAAGUGACAUGGGCAGGUAGUACAUCGAUGGAGGUGACCGUAUGGUUGGAACAAGAUAUCGAAGGCACUUGGCAGCGUAUAACCUGCGCCGUAUUCGUAAUGGUGGCUCGAAAUUCGACCAAUACAGGCCCAGCUUUUGUAAAUAAAUUAAUACCGAAUGGCGAACGAGAAAUAGCAACUUAUAAAGGAGCCGAAGCUCGAGCAUUACGUCGCAAGACGGAAAAAAUUGGAAAUUUAAUAAAUAAACAACCGACGCCGGACGAACAAACGCUAAUUCACGAUUUAUUCAUUCGUACCGUCGAUUUGACUGAUCCGUUACUGGGCAGAAGAAAACUACCUGAGGGAUGCAUUUGGGUUGAGGAUACAACCAUGGUUACUAAUAUAUUUUCUCAUCCUGAGGAUAGAAAUUUCCAUAACAAAAUAUUCGGAGGAUUUUUAAUGAGACAAGCUUUGGAGCUCGGAUGGCUGACUGCCUAUCAACAUAGCAAACACAGACCUGCUCUUCGGUACAUAAAUGACAUUUCAUUCAAGCAACCGGUAAACGUAGGUUCCCUUUUGAGACUCACAGGACAAGUGGUUUAUACGGAACAGCAUUUCCUUCAAAUUGUCGUUAAUUGCGAAGUACUCGAUCACAUGAGCGGUAAAACCACUACUACUAAUUCAUUUCAUUAUACCUUCGAAGCGAAUAACAUAGUCAAUAGCGUUGUUCCUCAUUCCUAUCACGAAGCAAUGAUGUACAUCGAUGGUAGAAGGCAUUUCACUCAUGCAAUCCAAAGUACCAAAUAAUCCACUCGGUGGCUAUUUUUAUACCUAAGUUUAAUCAAUUCCAUUAAUUUUGCUGUGCUAAUUAAUUCAUUUUGUAAGUUAUUUGGUAAUUUUUCAACGAGAUCCAGUCUUAAAAUCAGUAUUACGAGAUAGGUAUUUAUAGGUUCCUACUUACUUGUGCGAAACGGUGUAACAUUCCUGAAAGUUGCUAAAGUUACCAGAUGUGAUCAAAUAUUCAUCUCGUAUUAUGAGAAAUUUUCUAACGAAUAAAUGGCUUAGGAUGAUUC